AUGCAUUUUUCAUUCAGCUCUUGUCUUGUUUGGUCCUCGUUCGUUGCAGGCUGUGCCUACGCUGCGAGCCCAGAUUCCUCUAACAGCGAUGUGUCCAUACUAGUCAACGAGUUCGCCAGAGCGAACAACCAGUCCUUACUAUGGGGGCCAUACAAGCCCAACCUCUAUUUUGGCGUUCAGCCGCGCAUCGCAAAGAGUCUGACUGCUGGUUUAUUGUGGGCCAAUGUCGAUUCUUAUGAAACCGCCCAAGCCAACUUUAGGCAUACCUGCGAGCAAAACGAAGGCAUGAGAGGAUACGGCUGGGAUGAAUACGACGUGCGCAAGGGCGGCCGACAGACUAUUCAUGAUGUUGGCAAUUUCGUCGACAUCACAAUAGAUUUCGUCAAGAUUCCCGGAGGACACCACGGAGGUAGCUGGGGAGCGCGAGUAAAGGGCGUUCCGCGGGAAGAUGCCCCUGCCGAUACGCAUACAACUGUUGUCUUCUAUACUUCUCUCGAGGGUCUUGGUAGUGUGCAAGUUGAGAAUACAGUCGAAAACCAGAUCGGUCUCAAGGAGAACGUGAAGCUGAAAGGGAUGACCCCAGACCUUGGCGAGUUUUCCAUCGACAUCACUCCGGGCCCGGACAGCAACAGACAUCCUGAUUUGGACCAUCCAAGCAGCAUUGAAAAGCCGUUGGAUCGCCCUCUGGUAGCUAGUUUACAAACACCGCCAGAGCACCUGUGGCAAGUCAAACCGUUACUGUUUACUGCAAUGAAGCCUGAUGUUGAGGCCUUGUUUGCAAAAUACGGGACCGAGUCACCCCCUCCAGCCCCUAGGGUUUUCACGGUGCCUGUACACGCUGGGCAAGGAAACCUGCAUUUUGUGCAAAAAGUAUUUGAAGGGGCGUUUGAAUUCGACAUUAUUUUCGAAUCAGGCUCUGCUUCUCUUCCUGUCACAUCUGAAAUCCUGACCGAAAAAAUAAAUGAAAUAUCCUCUUCUUUCUCAAGCCGAUACGACAAGAUCUUUGCUCCGCAGGCUCCCUUCAACAAGCCGGAAUAUUCCGAGUUCUCCAAGGCCAUGUUUUCAAACCUCGUUGGAGGCAUUGGUUAUUUCUAUGGCGGUGGACUAGUUGACCGAUCUGAAGCUCCCGAGUACGAAGAAGAGAACGAGGGUUUUUGGGAAGAAGCCGCAGAGGCGAGAGCACGCGUUCAGCCAAUAGAAGAAGACCCCAGAGAGUUGUUCACCUCCAUACCUUCUAGGCCAUUCUUCCCUCGGGGCUUCUUGUGGGAUGAAGGCUUCCACCUAAUUCCAGUGACUGACUGGGAUAUUGGCCUGGCACUAGAAAUAGUCCAAAGCUGGUUCAACCUCAUGGAUGAAGAUGGAUGGAUUGGACGGGAGCAGAUUCUUGGCCCUGAGGCUCGCAGCAAGGUUCCCCCGGAAUUUACCGUCCAAUAUCCUCACUAUGCUAACCCACCAACCUUAUUCAUGGUCCUGGAGGCAUUUGUCGAUAAAUUGAAAUUCAAUGAAAGUGUUGAGAACUUGGAAUUUGAACGAGGUGACGUUGCGGACAGUCUUCGAUCUGCCCACCUUGAGAACAAGGACCUGUCUUUGUCAUACCUACGGUCUAUUUACCCGCUUCUCAAGAGGCAAUACUUCUGGUUCAAGAAAACUCAAUGGGGAGAUGUCAAGUCUUAUGACCGCGAAGCUUAUUCGAGCAAGGAGGCAUACCGCUGGCGCGGGCGGACUGUUCAACAUAUUUUGACAUCGGGUCUUGAUGAUUAUCCCCGACCACAGCCCCCUCACCCCGGCGAGCUACAUACUGAUCUCAUCAGUUGGAUGGGCUUAAUGAGUCGCUCAAUUCGUAAGAUUGCCGAAGCCAUCGACGAGACCGAAGACGCGGAGGAGUUCGCAAUUUAUGAGAACGCUAUUAGCCGCAACAUCGAUGACCUUCACUGGGACGAAGAUGCACAAACAUGGUGCGACGCAACCAUUGGUGAAUAUGAAGAAAGCGUCCAUGUAUGCCACAAGGGUUAUGUUUCGAUAUUCCCCUUCCUGGCAGGCAUUAUUGGUCCUGAUAGCUCUCGUCUCAAGCCCACGCUUGACCUCAUUCGCAAUCCCGACGAGUUGUGGAGCAACUAUGGCAUUCGCAGUCUCAGCAUAAGUGAUCCAUUCUACGGCACUGAUGAGAACUACUGGCGCAGCCCCGUGUGGAUGAACAUCAAUUAUAUGGUCGUGAAGAGUUUAUACAAUAUUGCAACUUCUCAGAGUCCACACAAAGCACAGGCAGCAGAGAUCUACUCUGAAUUGCGCAAGAACCUUGUCAAGAACAUCUACCAACAAUGGAGGGAGACCGGUUUUGCCUGGGAGCAAUACAACCCGGAGACAGGCAAGGGUCAACGCACUCAGCAUUUUACCGGCUGGACAAGUUUGGUCGUUAAGGUCAUGAAUAUGCCUGAUAUCACUCCAUCAUCCGGAGGUCACGACGAACUGUGA